GACCCCUAUGCAUUCUUUACCCCAGCGGACUCUCUAUUCAUCUGCUCAGUGACGGCAGAGGGGCGUGCUCUGGUAAAGUCGGUCUUUUCCCAGUACAGUUCACUCUACGAGACUCACCAUGUUUUCAACGCUGCAGCGCGUCCCAAAUAUGCAUUUAUUUCUAUAUUUUUCGUUACUGUUCGCUGGUGUGCUUUGCGACACCGACGCCGAAGAAGAUGAGCAUGCUAAGCACACGUACACGGUGGAGAUGUUUAACGAGGCGGUGCCCACUGCACCCCACUUUGUCAUGUUUUACGCUCCCUGGUGUGGCCAUUGCCAGAGGUUACAGCCGACGUGGAAUGAACUAGCUGAGAAAUACAACAGUAUGGACGAACCACCAGUGUACGUGGUAAAAGUAGACUGUGUUCAGGACACAAAGUUCUGCUCCAACGUCCACGGCGUUAAAGGCUAUCCUACGCUAAAGUUGUUUAAGCCAGACCAGGAAGCGGUGAAAUACCAGGGUCCCAGAGACCUGCAGUCGCUGGAAACAUGGAUGCUCAAGACACUCCAGGAGGAACCUUCAGAACCAGAGAGUGAACUGGAGCCCCCUAAAGCCCCAGAGCCCAAACAGGGCAUGUAUGAGCUUACUGCUCUCAACUUCAAGGACCACAUAUCCAAAGGGGCUCAUUUUGUGAAGUUUUUUGCACCCUGGUGUGGCCACUGCAAAGCCAUGGCCCCAACGUGGGAACAACUGGCCACCACCCUCGAACACUCGGACGACGUAAAGAUUGGAAAGGUGGACUGUACGCAGCACUACGAGGUGUGCUCUGACAAUGGGGUUCGGGGGUAUCCCACGCUGCUCUUCUUCUACAACGGCCAAAAGAAAGAACAGUACAAAGGAAAGAGAGACCUGGACUCUUUCAAAGACUUUGUGGACAACCAGCUGAAAGCUCUUCAAACUGAAGAGCACGAGCACGAACUGAAGGAGGAACAGCAGGCACCGAAUGAGAUCCCAACUGAGGAGCUGGCCAAGGAGGAAGCAAAGUCUAACGUGUUGAUUCUGACCGAGAGCAACUUCGAUGAGGCUGUAGCAAAGGGCUUCACCUUUGUCAAGUUCUACGCUCCGUGGUGUGGCCACUGCAAGAACCUCGCUCCAACGUGGGAAGAUCUCUCCAAGAAAGAGUUUCCUGGCCUCACCGAUGUCAAGAUUGCCAAAGUGGACUGCACGGUGGAGCGCACUCUGUGCAACAAAUACUCUGUGCGAGGUUACCCCACACUGAUCAUCUUCAGAGCUGGAGAGCAGGGCGAUGAGCAUCAUGGUGGGCGGGACUUGGAGAGCCUGCACGACUUUGUGAUGAGGCAGACGAGAGACGAGCUGUAGACGGGAACAAGUCGGCGUGCUCGCACGGCGCCUCUGACCUCACUUUUUAUCCGGAUCGGGUCAGCCGGAGUCACUCCUGUUUUAAGGACAGAGUGAUGGUUUGGAAUGUGAAUGUAUUUCUUGUUGCUCAACCUAAAUCUGAAUCCGGACGGUCAUCGGUUGGGUCUGUAAACGAAGUGUCCGACGAGCAUUUUUGCUUUGAUUCAAACCAAAACUGUAAAAUGUAUGUUUUGGAAAAAGGUGGUGCCCAGGUUCCUGCCUUCUAAAAAAAUCAAUACUGUUUGAGCCUUUUUUGCCAUUUGACUUUUUUCAAUACUGAAUUUUAUACACCGGGUCUGUUUUUUUGUUUGUUUUUUUUUUACAUUGAAAGCACUUCAUGUUGUCACUGCAGAGGCUGUGUGUGUUUAUUUUUCAUGCCACUCAUCAUCUAUGUACACAACUCUCAGGGAAACAUCAGACGUUUGAUGGAAGCUUUUUAUGCUUUUUUACGGGAGUUUGAAAAGUCGACAGAUUUAAAAGUGAGUCAAACCAUUAAAAAAACAGCUUUUCUGAAUCCUGUGAUUUUAAAAAUACCAUCUCUGACUUACUUAGCAUUACGAUUUCCUUUCAAAUGAAUGCACUCUGACCUUAUCUCUUAUAUGAGCUACAAGUGUCUUGAUUUAGAAAAUCCAAAUUUCUUCGUAUCAAAUGUGAUUCUCACUGAAAUCAAGUAAUCAACAAAGUAGUUCAGGUCACUGCAAUCACACGACCUUUCUAUCUGCGAUAGUUGGAGAAGAGUGAAACCAAUUUGUGUCUGGAAAUAAUUAAAACAUAUUUUCCUACUAAAAUGCAUUACAUUUUUGGAGAUUUGAGAUAAAAACAGUGGAUUGUGACAAACCAUUGUGAGGUAAUCAGCACCUUGUUAAAUCUUCCGAAUGUUCUUUGACCCCCCUGAAAUGAAACAUGUGAUGUCCACUCGCUUUAUUGUCCAGUCAAGGUACACAAACAGGCAGACAUGCCGCUCUUUGUCCCUUUUUUCUUUUUUCAAUAAACAUUUUUAUGGAUAGCACAUGAUCUUUGGAACUCCAGUGAUGGAAGUAUUUUCUGUAUAUUUUCUUUUCAUGGGUUGUGCAAAACCCACAGAUGUUGCACAAAAAGUGAGUAUUGGCAAAUUGUAACAUGAAAUUUGAUAAUAAAGUUGUCUUUUUUUCCCAAAAA